AUUUAAAUUAGUAUAAACAAAAAAAUCUGUUCUGGAAUUUAAUCGCACGCGAUGGGAGUUACUGGACUGUGGAGACUAAUUGAGCCAGCCGGCAAGCCCGUACCUGUGGAAACAUUGGAAAACAAGGUGUUAGCAGUUGAUAUUUCAAUAUGGUUGCAUCAAGUGGUGAAAGGUUACCAAGAUGCGAAAGGUGCUCCUCUAGCAAAUGCCCACCUGAUGGGAUUGUUCCAGCGUCUUUGUAAACUGCUCUAUUUUAGGGUAAAACCAGUGUUCGUAUUCGAUGGAGGAUUCCCUGAUUUGAAGAAAGAGACCAUUGCUAAGAGACAAGAUAACAAAACUAAGUACCAAUGUGAAUCAGAAAGGAUUAAACGUGAACUAACUUUAUUACUUAGUAAGAAAACAGCAAUAAGCAGUCUAUUGGGAAAACAAAUAUCAUCAAAAAAAGUUUCUACUGACAUAGCUGUUGGUGAUGAUUUAUUCAAACUACCAGCACUGCCAGCAAGAGAAGAAAGUGAAUCAGAAUCAGAAGAUGAAACAUCAAGUGGGUCUAUAGUUGAUGUACACUCUGUAGAUAUAGAAUCUGAAAACUUUAAAAAAUUACCAGUUAAAGAAAAAUAUGACUUACUUAUUGAGUUGAAAGAAACUAGGAAAAUGAAUUCAUGGGGAAAACUUCAUGAGUUACCAAAAAAAAGUGAUAAUUUUUCAGAUUUCCAAAUGCAGAGAUUGCUGAAAAGGAGAAAGGUACAGGAAUGCUUAGAAGAAACUGAGAAAGAGAUGGGUGAUACUGGUAUGUCUUUAAAUGAAUUGGAAUCAUUGUUAAAUGAGGAGGGAAUAGAUACAAAAAUAGAUAUGUUACCUACACGUCGCAUCGCUUCUAAUAAUACAACGCGAUUUUUACUCAUCAAUGAUGUUAAACAAGCUAUAGCAGAAGCUAAAAAGAGAAAAGAAGCUGAAAAUAAACCUCAAACAUUAGAAGUUGCGAAAGAAAAAUCUAUUGUUAAUGAAGAAAAUAUAUCUAAAAGAGAUGAAUUAGAAGAAGAUUUACAAAGAGCAAUAAAAAUGUCAUUAGAAUGUGUAGAAGAUCCUGAUAAUAGUGCAUGCACUUCUAAAACUGAUGAUUCUUGGACAACAGUCUUAACAGAUUCUGAUUCCUAUAAUGAUUCGGAAGAAGAAGAUGGUUUUGAUCAGCCAGAUCUGUCUUCAGCUAAAGCUUACAUAAUGCAAUAUAGUGAUUUUACACACAAAGCAAUAAAUGACAUAGUAACCUCAAAAAGUAAACAUAAAAACAAACAAAAAGAAGAUAAGAUUGAUAUUAUUUUAGAAGAUCUUAAUAAAGAGAAAUCCAUUAUUACUGAUAGGUUGGAGUUAUCCAGUGAUGAAGAAGGUAUUAAGGAUCCAAAUAUUAAAUUAAAAGAAGUAAUUAAAAUGAGACCUUCUGAAGAUGAGGAAAGCAAGGACUUUAUUGACUCUACACAACUAUCUGUAGUCUGCAUUGAAAAGACCUUAGAAGAUGCCAUUACAAUUGAUUCUAGCACUGAAGAUGAUACAAAACAAAAUCAAGAUAUGUAUCAAAAAAAUAGAAAUGAUAAUGAUUCCAGCAAUGAUGAAGAUUUUGAAGAUGUUCCUGAUGUGGAAAAUUUAGGAAAUAAAACUGUUGUACAAUUGGCAUUAAACAUGGAUAAAAAUAUUCCAAAUGAUGAUAUAUUUGCAGAUGUUUUUACAAUUGAAAACAAAAAUAUAGAACAUGACGAAAUUGUUCAGUCUCAACAUAGUAAUUCCACUAAAAAUGUCUCUUCAGAAGAAACUAAUAAGAAAAUAUUACAGUCACAUGUUUCAUCAAAUGUUGACAUUCUAGAACAUAGUAAACAGGGCGAUAAACAAAAAUACGAAGAAAUGAAAACUAAUGAUAACAAAAGCUUGACUGAUCCAAUUUGUCAUAAUGAAAGCGAGUCUGUGGUAAAAAUUUCUAGAAUGUUAACACCCACUCCUAUUGAAGAAACAAUUAAAAUUUCUGACAAAAUGACUGAUUCAGAUUCUAAAAAUGAAAUAUCAAAUACAACAGUAUCAAAAGACUUUUCUACAGAUAAACUUAAUUCUAUAGUGGAGGUAAUGGAAUCUGAAGAACAACAGUUAAUACAAGAGAAGGGGAAAUUAGAUAGAAUCGGAAGAAACAUUACAGAACAAAUGACAAAAGAAGCCCAAGAACUGCUGCAAAUAUUUGGAAUUCCUUACAUUGUUGCACCAAUGGAGGCAGAGGCUCAGUGUGCAUUUUUAGAGAAUAUUAAGUUAACUGAUGGCACUAUAACUGAUGAUAGUGAUAUUUGGCUCUUUGGUGGAAAAACAGUCUACAAAAACUUUUUCAAUCAAAAGAAACAUGUCAUGCAAUUUUUAGCUGAUCGAAUUGAAAAGUCAUUUAAUCUUUCCAGAGAACAAUUAGUGUUGCUAGCUCUAUUAGUAGGAAGUGAUUACACUACAGGUUUAACUGGUGUUGGGCCAGUGACUGCUUUAGAAAUAUUAGCAUCAUUCCCUUUCAACAAGCGGCAGUUCCUCAAUGAGUCCACUAAACAAGGUCGAUACCAACAAGUUAUAACUGGAUUACAAGAGUUCAAAAAUUGGGUAUGUGCUGGUAAAAGAACUGAUAAUAUAUCUUUAAAGAAAAAACUUAAAAAUGUAAAUGUGACUGAUGAUUUUCCAAGUUUACGGGUUGUUCAAGCAUACUUGGAUCCAAAUGUAGAAAAAAGUGAAGAAAGAUUUACAUGGGGAGAAUUAGAUAUAACAAUAUUGAGAGAUUAUGCCAAAGCUAAAUUUGGUUGGUCACAAAGCAAAUUAGAUGAAAUUAUCAAUCCAGUAUUAAAAAGGAUGUUAAAUCGAAAAAAUCAAAAGAAUAUUCAUGACUAUUUUAAAAAGAAAGUAGAAUACCAAUCACUAGAAGAUCACAUGAGUAAGAGAGUUAAAGCUGCAGUACAAAAAAUGGGGCCAGAAGCCUCUUUAGAAGAAGCAUAUGUCAGUGAAGGGAAAAAGAAAAUACGAAGAAAAAGAAAAUCAAAUAAAAUUGAAUCUAGCACAAGUCAUGCAGAGAAUGUAGCAAGUGUGAGUGGCCCAUCAAAAUGUAAACAAAAUAAAAAUAGUGAAGAAAAUGUACUUAAAAAUCUUGGUGUAAAAGUUAUAUCAAAAAUAACAGAUAAUGAUAAAUCAACAAUAGAAAUAAACAUUCCAAAAUUAGAUAGAACGCAAGAAAUAAUCCCCCAAAGAGAAAAGGAGAAACAAAGUCUUCUACAAAAUAAAAUGAAAGCAAUUGAGAUAUUCAGAAAGACAAAACUCGAUAGAAAAAAGAAAGUAUCAAAAAGGAGGGUUAUUUUACCAAAGGAAACAGCCAACCUUUCAGAAAAUAGUGAUAGUGAUUAAUGAAUGCGCCAUUAUUAUUUAUUUAUAAAUUUAUUACAGUGUCAUUACUUAUUGCAAAUCUGUUAAUAAAAUAAAAUACUAUUAUAAAAUAGUCAA